CCGUGUUUAUUUUUACUCUGGCGCCUCAUCCUUUCUGGCUUCCUGCGAGGAGGAGGAGGGGCGGCGGCGGCGGCGGGCCCCGUGGUCGCUCCCUGCGGCCUUCCCCGGGCUGCUGUUACGGCCGCCGCCGCCUAUAAAGGGCCGAGGAUGCAGCUCUACAGCACCAUCGUCACUCACUACCCGACGGCCGCAGCCACAGCAGCGGCGAGCAGCGCAGCGAGCGGGCCGACGGGCGUCGUCUUCAAAGUCUCGCCUUCGCCGGAGCCCUCGGGACAAGGUCCGGUGGGAGUCGAGAGCGACUCGGUUGGAGGAGGCGGAGGAGGAGUGACUUCGAGCGCCGUCGUCGGAGCGGGAGCAGCCGCCGCCAUGCCCGCCUUCUCUUGCCUGGAGCUGCUGCCCCCGGCGGGGCCCGGCCAGAGGAAGCCGGCGCAGCACCAGCCGGCGCCGCAGUGCUACAGUCCCGGCGCGCAGAUGAUCCGCCGCAGGCCGUUGGAAAGGGUCGUGCCCAUCCGGCUGGUGCCGCGCCCGGAGCCCGUCGUCGUGGCGGCCGAGCUGGGCCCGGCGGCGGCCGCGGCGCACGCCCACCAGUGGCUGCUGCUGGAAACCGGCGGCGGGGGCGAUGCCAGCGCGGCCGUUGCCGCCGCCGCCGCCCAGCCCGGCUUGCAGCAGGAGCCCAGCAACCACGGCCUCCGCUUCAGCGAGCAUUGCCAGGCCAUGCAGGCGGCGGCUGCUGCUGCUGCUGCCGCCAGCGCCUACCCGGGCGUCGCCGUUGAGGCCCGUCCCGCCUGCCAGGCGCCCGCCGCCGGGGUCUUGGAGCAUGGCGGUUGCCGGCGGGAGGCCGAGCUGGAGGCCGCCGCCGAGGAGGAGAGCUCCUACCAGGUGCGCCCGACGGAGCGCUGCGAGAAGCUGGCGCUUUACCUGGCCGAGGUGGAGAAGCAGGACAAGUACCUUCGGCACAAGGACCGCUUCCGCUUCCACAUCAUCCCCGACGGCAACUGCUUGUACCGCGCCGUCUGCAAGGCCGUCAACGGGGACCAGCGGCUGCACGGCGAGCUCCGAGAGCAGACGGUGCACUACAUCGCCGACCACCUGGACCACUUCAGCCCCAUCAUCGAGGGCGAUGUGGGCGAGUUCCUCAUCAACGCCGCCCAGGACGGCGCCUGGGCCGGCUACCCGGAGCUGCUGGCCAUGGGACAGAUGCUGAAUGUCAACAUCCACCUCACCACCGGCGGUCGGCCCGAGAGCCCCACCGUCUCCACCAUGGCCCACUACCUGGGGCCCGAGGACCCCAGCCGGCGCAGCAUCUGGCUGAGCUGGCUUAGCAACGGGCAUUACGACGCUGUGCUCGAUCGCCAGUGCCCCAAUCCGGAGUAUGAGGAAUGGUGCCGGCAGACUCAGGUGCAGCGCAGGAGGGACGAGGAGCUGGCCAAAUCCAUGGCCGUAUCUCUGUCGAAGAUGUACAUUGAACAGAAUGCCUGCUCCUGAGAUGGGCACAGCAUCAGUUACCUGCUGUCCUGGUGCCUUAUCGUUCUCCAUCCAGCAUUCGUGCCCUAAGCUGAGCAAGAACGUGAAGGGGAACAAACCUAGACUGAGAUUUGCAAUGAGUGCUUUGUGUAUAUACCUUCAGAUCCUGGUUAUUUACCAUUCUGUUCUUUUGUAUAUGUUUGUUCUAUUUCCAGUACACUCUUUAUUUUCUAUAAGGGUUGGUUAUUUUUCCUUUUUGCACAACAUUUUUUAACCUGUUACCUCUGACUUACCGCCAAAAAUAAGUUAGUAAGAGGUUUGUUAGGGUUUCUGUGCUAAUACGGCUUAUGGUUUAACAGUAGUUUUAUGCUGCAUUUUGAAACCUACACACAUUCUAACAAAGGGGGGGGUGUUAGUUCACUGACUUUCCACUCUUCCUCAUUAAAUGAAAGCAAAGAACAUUCGGCUGCUUAAAACAACAACAGCAACAACAACAACAUGCAGUUAACUUUUAAGUCACAAGUUUUAAAGUGAAUUGACCACUCUGCAGAGCAGGAUUUCUUCAGACAAUUGGAACAUGGCUUUUUCAAGAAUGAUACAGAGAGCAAUUGUGACUCUUCUGUGUUCAGUUGUUGACUAGUAUAAGCUGGCUUUUCAUUUUAUUGCCUGGUUAGUGCCAUCUUUUUUCUUUUUAGUAUUAUCUGGUUUAGAAAGUUAAGACAUGGUUAAAUCACUCCAUAAGAAUGGCCUUGAUUUGUGGUCUUGUUCUUUUAAUGAAUUUACAUGCUUGCUGCCUGCCUUCUGACAGUGCACCAGCAGGCUUAUUUUAUCACAUUCUGUUCUUUAGACGUUUUCUAAUCAUUAAUAAUGGGUUUACUCUGGUAUUAUGUAAAAAUGUAUUUAUACUAAGUUUGUAUGUAUGGUUUGCUGGGUCAAACAUUCAAGGUUUUCAAGGUAAAAGCUACCCUCUUUAAUUUCCAAUUAAAAUGAAAUAGCUAGAUAUAUUUAUUCAGUAAUGGAGUUUGUACUUUUUUAUUGUGUGACUUGAAUUUAUACUGUAUUUGUAUAAUAGGAAUAUUCUUAGCUAUUCUGGAAUAAAUGUAUAGUUUUGCUUGGAUUUA